AUGUUUUUCUUUCAGGCUUUGAUAGGUAGAGGUGAAGAGAACUUGCAAGUCAUGUUCCAAAAUGUAAAGGAACGUAUACAUGUGAAGGAAGCCGCUGAACAAGCUGAACGAUUAGCACGGCAAGUAAUUGAAGCAGGGAAACGAGGCUGGCGUGUUGUGGCGCAUUGGGAAUUGCCAGAAUGGCUUCGUGAUAAUGAUUAUAUUGAUCAUGGGCAUCGACCUCCAUUAGAAUCAUUUCGACUUUGCUUCAAAAGUGUCUUUCGCAUACAUACAGAGACUGGGAAUAUUUGGACACAUUUACUUGGCUUCAUUGCGUUUGUCUGUGUUACGUUGUAUCUCUAUCUAAGACCAGUGACAUUAGCAAGUCCUUUUCCCAGUGACAUAACGGAAAAGGUUGUUUUUGGCGCGUUCUUAGGUGGAGCACUGUUCUGUCUUGCUUUCUCUACACUUUACCAUACAAUGGACUGCCACUCAGAUAAAAUCUCAAAUCUAUUUAGCAGGUGAGUUAUACAGUAUGCUUUAGUUGCUUUACAUAAACAAGGAAUAGAUAAUUCAAUGUAAAAGUGUUGUUAAAUUAAAAAACACUGAAAACGUUUUUAAUACCCGCAUUUCGUUUUUACCCGCAUAUCAGCAAAAAUAUUUACGUGGUGCUAUAAAACCUCUAUUAAGCCUAGCCUGCGUAACGGCUCAGAGAAAGUAGAGCCUGCACGAAACCCCCUGCUUUGCCAUUUCCGCCCACUUAGCCUGCGGGCUACGCCCACUUUAAACAGAUGUCAAAAUUGGCCAAUCACACAGAUUGUUUACGUUUGCAAAUUUACUUAUCAAAAUGAAAUAUAAAUAUAGAUUGCUGUAUGUUUGCAAAUUUCAAAACGAAAUACUGUAAUAUACGGAUGGCGGCUAAAGAAAAUUGAAGUCUGUGGGAAUAGCGCUAGGCCUAGGGCAAUCUCCAUCGUUGUCACAAGUAGUUUGCAGUCCGUAUCUAGUACGAUAUUUCGUAGCUUUCUCGCACACGUACAAAUAGAAUUUAUAGUUUCGACAGCGGUCAACCGUGAUCUAUUAAAUGUUAAAGUUUCGAGCGAUGCUGAUAAGAGAAUAUUAAAGGUGUUUAAAGCCAUCACUUCACAGAGAGCAAGUCCUGUUCAUAAGACAUAAGCAUUUAUAGCAAUUCUCUCCUGGCACAAAAUUAUUAGCUACAAAAUCAUGAAGAAAAAAUCUAUUUGUCGUCGAUGAAUUUAUGAAAACGAACACGCUCGUGAGUUGUGAAAGAGCCAAGAGGCGCUGCUAACAGACAGCAAUCCAACGAAGACACCACAGUCGGUAUCUCUAUAGAGCUUCGUGAACCAACUUCGUAAAUAAUUUUAAUGUUCAACCGUAAAUCGUGGCUUUUAAGUUCUUUUGAAUGCAAAACUCAAAGAAACGCCUCUCAAUAAUACAUCCGCCGUGUUUGUAUCAAUUUUAGCAUAAAUUAGCAUAUUUUUUUUUCCUUUUGAACCAAUCAGAUUUCUCGUCCUCUGAGAGAACGAGUAAAUACGGCAAAGCAGGGGGUUUCGUGCAGGCUCUACUUUCUCCGAGCCGUUACGCAGGCUAUAUUAAGCCUUUCUGUACUAACUCCCCCUCUUUUGAGAAAGACAUUUAUCAAGCCCUGUAUUUGUAGUAGUACCAAUACAUUUACCCUUCCAUGCCCCAACAAUUUAAACUAACGAGCUUGAGUCUGAGGCUCCCAUGAACAAUAAUCUAAAACCAUGCCUGCGGUAUGCCUGCACUAUCAUUGUUUACAGCUGUUGAUGCAUACAUUCUUUUGUGAAUUAUUUGGUUGAACUUCUAACGACAAUAACCCGCCGACAUACCGCAGGUAUACAGCUAUUUCAAUUAAGGUUGUCCACGAGCAAAGCGGAAAAGUCGAAUACGAGCGCGAAAGGCUGCUGGGAACCGCUUUGAAAAUUCAUUAAUUUGUUAGCGAUUCCCAGCAGACUUUCGCACUCGUAUUUGACUUUUCCGCUUUGCUCGUGGACAACCUUAAUUGAAAUAGCUGUAUAUGUGAACCAGGCUUUAGGAUGAAACUACUUGAAAAAUAUAACACGAACUUCGACGCUUCAAGCGAAACCUUUGUUUGGAAGUCAGUGAAGUUCUGUUAUAUUUUUCUGGUAGUUUGAUCCAAUUAUCCCUCAAGAUUAAUCUGCUCAGUGUUUACAUUUAAGUACAUCUAAUAAACGCACCUUACCUUGGGUGAUAUGAAUUGAUAUAGGAGUAUUUUGUGUGUAUUGGUGUUAUGUGUUAUUGGUGUUACUCUGAGUGUGCAUCCCAUAGAUAUCUUAUAUACACUAGAUAGCGCAUCUCUUUUAGUAAAAUUGAAGCCACGAAUAUUCCAGCGGUUACUCCCAUUUGAAUAGAUGGCGGCCAUAUUGGAGUUUCCCACUCGCUAAUAAACGCUUAAAAAACAAUAACUUUCAUCAUUUGAAUAGUUUGAAAUGUAUUUGGAAUAGGUUUAACUUAAUGUUUAAGUUCCCUGUUUAAGAAAUAGAAAACAUACGAGUCUUCUCAUUUCAUGGGAAUAGCCUGAGUCUGCAAUCACGGCUUCCAUUUCUGAAUUGCAGAAUAAUUAGAUGUACUAUCUAGUGUAUAUAAGAUAUCUGUGGUGCAUCCACACCGGGCAAGCUGAAAAGUUAGCUUGGCCAUUCCCACCGUGGCCAAGCUAACUUUUCAGCUUGCUCGGUGUGGAUGUACACUCAGAGUAACAUCACAAACAUAAUAUAGGAGUGUUUAUACUAAAAUCCUGAUUUAACCGAGGCUUCUAUUUAUUCUCAAUUUAAUGCAGUCACAUUGAGAUACAUAAAAAAUAACGCUAAUGAUAUUAUUUUUCAUUGUAGAUUGGAUUACACUGGAAUAGCCCUGUUGAUAGUUGGUUCUUUCAUCCCAUGUCUUUACUAUGGAUUCUAUUGUUAUCAAAAAACAAAGAUUGUUUAUAUAACUAUGGUUUGCUUGCUUGGACUAUGUUGUAUAGGUAUUUCUUUAUGGGAGAACUUCAACACGCCGAAAUACAGAGUUCUUCGUGCAGGUACUAUAUUUAGCUGCGUGUAUAUAUAUGCAUUCACAAUGUGGGGUGAACUUAUGGGUGGGAAUAAGUUAAUCGUAAAUCGUUUCAUCCCAAACAAUAUUAUACAUUUCAUGUCUGCUUCCGAGGGAAAUAGUUCGUUUGUUUUCCCGAGAGUCUCAAUUCGAGGGAAAACAAAUUUAAACUGUUUAACUAUUUCCCGAGAGAACAGACAUUAAGCGUUUUGUUAUAUACAGUAUAGCUGCGAACAAAAAUCAACAUUCAACAACAUUCAUACAACAAUUGUAUUUCGUGACAAAAACUCUAUAGUGUAAACGAGUUUAAAAUUAAACGAAACCUACUUAAACGGUUUCGGCGGCAGUAUAUCCUGUUUCCUGUUGUGUAUUUUUUUUUCUUUUACAUUCUUUAUUUGAACACAAACUUGGAAAAUCGUAUAGUUUCUAAUUAUGCUAGUUGUGCCGCCAUUUUGUUUAUUUAUGUACGUAGCCGGUCGGGGCGGGCAACAAUUUUUCACUUGUUGCCCAGCGGGAAACAUUGCAUUUAUCUGAAUACGUUUGGUGUUCACCCUAGCUAUAUAACAAUUAACAAAUAUAAAACAUUUUCCGUGUUGAUAUACAAUUCUAUCAACACGAGUGGAAAUUGGGAAAACGAGAAAUUGCGUGGAAACACGACGCCCGAAAGGCGGAGUGUUUUCACACAAUUUCGAGUUUGCCGAAUUUCCACGAGCGUUGAUAUAACUAUAUACAGGGAUGGAUCCAGCUUGAUCUGGUAGGGGGGUGCUCUGCCAACUCGGGUGCCGAGUUGUGUCGGUCAUGUGUGCCGCCCGGCCAUCAACUUGCUUCACUACUGGAAAGUCUUGCUUGACUACUGUAUUUGAAUUGUAAUUGUUGUUCACAGUUCGCUUAUCAUCAUGUUGUUACUCAAAUUACUGUAUCUCAUUUUGCCUUUAAUAAUUUCUUGCUUUAUCAUGAAAAAUAGCACCCUACCCGCCCCUCAGUAAAUCCAUCCCUGACUAUAUAUCAAUACGGAAAAAAAUGUUUUAUAUUUGUUUUAUAAUAUAGCACAAAGAAAUAUAAAGAAAGAAAUUGUCCGACGUUUCCGUUUUGACAUUGAGUUAUAUCAACCCGGCUCUUAGCCAAUCAGCGUUCAGAAUUUACAAAUGCUAUAUUAUAAUAUGCUGUGCUGAGUGGGUAUAUUACUACCUUAAAAAAUAAGCAGAAACUCGACGUUUCGAGCGAAGGCCCUUCGUCAUAUUAACUCUUGACGAAGGGCCUUCGCUGGAAACGUCGAGUUUCUGCUUAUUUUUUAAAGGGAAAUGGCAAUAUAUUUUUUUAUUUUUUCGUUUGAAAGAACAUUUAAAACCAUAUAUAAAACUCCUUUACCGUUUUUUCAUAUCUUGCUUACUUCUACAAAUAUUUUAAUCGAAUGAAAUGAAAUAUCCGCCAUCUUGGAUUUUUGUAGAUAUGCAUGUUACGUCACAACAGGGGUCACGCAAUAUUUUUAUCUAGACAACCACCAAUCAUUUUGCACCCAAAAUUAUACUCUGUAUGCUCUUGGAAAUAUCAAGAUUACUUGAAACUUUUAAAACAUCUACCAAUCAAUAUUUGGUCAGUAACGACUUUUAUAUGGUUAAUCCCUGUUGUGACGUCACCAAAACUACCGUUAAUGAGAUAAAAAAUGUAUCCAAGAUGGCUGACAUCUCAUUACUUCAAGUGAAAAUAUUUCAAGAACUAUGCAAGAUAUGAAGAAUCGGUAAAAGAAGUUAUUAAAUAGUUUCAAAAGUUCUUUCAAAUGAGAAAAUAAAAAAAUAUAUUGCCAUUUCCCUUUAAGGUAGUAAUAUAACCACUCAGCACAGCAUUUUCACAUUGGUACUACCUACACUGGGACAGACAGUUUUAGUAUAUAUUAUAAUAUAACUUAUUAUAUACUGAGCGCAGGUUUGCCUCCCUUUAAUCCUGUAAGUAAGGUCGACCGAACUACAUAGUCACGUAAAAACGCGCAAGUUGUUACAGAUCUGCGAACAAGUUAUAACAAGGUUGUUGCCAAACCGAUAUCAGGAUGUGUUCGCACUGCUUAUUUCCAGUAGUUGUGACAAGCCUGGAACAAUUUUUAUCACCUUGUUACAAGGUUGAGACGGGACCGAUUUGCUACAAGUUGUUCCAUGCAACAAGAUUAGUACAAGCUGUUCGUAACAAUCAGCAAGGCAUUUUUUAAUACCAUGACAUGGUGGGGCAUUUGCCCCACUGGGCCCCUUCCUCUGCUCCACCACUGAGGAAAAAAAUGGCCUAUUGCCCCAAAGCCAGGUCCCUAGGACCUGUAUUGAGUAAAUGAGUUUAACAUUAAAGAGAAGUUUAAAAAACAAAAUUUAUUGGUGAGCAUACUUAAACUUAUGUUAUGUUUGAAUGUUUAGCAUGCAAUUUAUUACAAAUUUCACCAUUAAAACUUUGUUUUGAGAAGUUGAGAUUCUGUAAAAAAUGUGUUCUCAGAAUGCAGAAAACGCUAUUUCAGAGAUACAAAUUUUUAAAAUUUCUUGGGAGGAGGCAUACCCCCAGAUCCCCCUAGCUAACUCGUGCCUGCGGUACUCAGGUUCACAUCUUCGGCGAUCGCAUACUAUCCUGGGAGGAAGCCAAGGAAAAUGGGCCCUUUGGCUGUUUUGCCCCACCACUGAAGAAUCCUUAAAAAAUCCAUUGUAACAAUUUGCUCCAGCUUGUCGUCAUCAACUUGUUACGUGCAGACGAAGUACUUGCAUAUUUAACUGUUUAGUUAUCACUGCUUUUUGAAUUCUCUUUCAAUGCCUUUUUAGUUGUAUUCCUUAGUCUUGGCUUAUCUGGUAUCAUUCCGUGUGUCCACAUUCUAAUCGCUCAUGGUAGUACAAUAGCUUUGAGACAGGCGUCCCUUGGUUGGCUAAUAUUGAUGGGCAUACUCUAUGUUACUGGAGCCGUCCUAUACGCAACUAGGAUUCCAGAACGUUUUUUCCCAGGAAAAUGCAACAUUGUGGUAAGUUUUGUAGCCAACUUUUUCAAAUGGCACAUGACACAAAUUCGAUGUCAUUGUAAUUACACAUUAUAA